UCAGAGGUUCUCCAGCUGCCCUUGGCCAACUGCAGCCGCUAUCAGUCUCAGCCAGACUGUCUACUGUCCCGGGACCCCUACUGCGCCUGGGACAGCGAGGGCCGCGCCUGUGUCCGCAUCGACCUCCACCGCGGGUCCACCUCCUCCCUGUCACAGGACCUCAUGCUGGAGAGGUUCAGCCGGGGCAAGGCCAAGUUUGACAAGCCCGUCUCCAUCCCCAGCCCUGAUCACUCCCGCCUGCGGAACGUGACGGUGGUGGUAGGCUCGGACAUGGUGCUUCCCUGCCAGCUGGUGUCCAACCUGGCCCAGCCCACCUGGGUCCUAAACGACCGGGAGCUCCCGCUGGGCGACCUCGAGGCGGGGGGCCCUCGCUUCGACCGGGCCCUUCGAGCUCUGGUGGUUCCCCAGGCGGGCCAGCUGCAGGCGGGCCGCUACGUGUGCUACUCGGAGGAGCAAGGGGUCAAGUUCCAGACGGAGCGCUACCAGGUGGCCGUGGUGGCCAGCGCGCCCGUCUUCAUGGAGGCCCGGGCGCCGGACGGCAGCAUGGGGCUGUUCUGGGUGCUGGUCAUCACGCUGGGCGCGGCCUGUCUUCUGCUCCUGGUGGUGGCGCUGUACCUCCGCAGGCGUCUGAAGCUGGCGCUGGGCAAAGGGGCGGAUAUGAAGCCCCUGGAGAGCACCUUGGUGUACCCCAUCACCCUGCCCAAAGAGCCGCCCACCUUCGUGCCCAGCAAGAUGCCCUGCGACGAGGACCGCUUCUGGGAGACGGGCGCCAACUACUACUACUCGGACGGCUCGCUGAAGAUCGUCCCCGGCCACGCCCUGUGCCCCAGCGCCAGCACGUCCUCUCCCAGCGCCAUCCCCGGCCAGCCCAUCCACUCCCCCAGCCGCCUCAGCCUCACCAACAUCCGAGGCCAGGGCAGCAACGGCUACAUCCGCCUCAACCUGAGCUCGGCUGGGGAGGAGAGGGUUAGCGGGGGCGGCGCGGGGGGAGGCGGGCUGGCCGGAGGGCUGGGUGGGGUGGGGAACGACUACACGAGCCCCUUCAAGGAGGAGCUGAGGAGGACCCUGCAGCAACGGAGCGUGCUGCCCGACGCCAACCCCGAGGAGUCGUCCGUCUAGCGAGUCCUCGUCCGUGGGGAAAUAAACAACCAACAACUAACCUACCUCCCUCCUUCAAAAGGACCACACUCAAUUUCUUUACUCGGCUACUCUCUCUCUUUCUGUGUGUGUCUUUCUUCCACUGUCUCUCUGCCAAUGCCUGUUUGGUUGAGUCUGUGACUGGAGACCGUUUUAGCACAUAGCAUGUCACACACACACACACAGCAAACCCGCUCUGCGUCCUCUCUUGUAAUUAUUGUGCUCUGGAAGGCACGCGUCGGCCGCGGUGUCUCUUGAGUGGUUCGACGAGGCUCUUUGUUUCCCCGCUGUGCCAUCCCGAGCUGUGUGCAUCUGUAUUUGAAGGCAGCAAAACGCAUCGCAGCCUGUCUAGAGCAUGGCAGGAAAACCAACACGCUUGUUUCCAUGGGACACGUGGUCCUGUAAAGAAUGGACCAAUCAGAACAUGACAAGGUGUCAGCCCCUGAGCUGAACCAAUAAGCAGGCGGGGGCGGGCAGGAAGAUGGAAUGACCUGCUCUUUUCACAAUGAGACUUUCUUUUCUGCACUUAAAAAAGUCGAACAGAGUAUGUUGUAUUAAUGAGCCAAGAGAGGGAGAGAGUUCUACAAAAGACUAAUUAAUCUCAGAGCGAGACGACAAUCACGUCCCUCUCUCCGGGGUUCGACCUGGGGAGGAAGGGGUGGAACAAAGAAGAGCGAGAGAGAAAUGAAGCUUGAGUGGGAAAGACUGGGGGGGGGGGGGGGCUUUGUGUGAAGGACAAACUCUCCGACUUUCUCAAUUUGUACUUUUUUCACGUUGUCUUUCUCCAGAGAGACUGCUUCGACCCCUGCCACAUUCAUUUGUGGUGAUGGUUUAAAUGAAGACGUUGCUAUGUGUUCUUUUACUGUUUGUUAUGGACUACAGUAGUGUUCAGUUGUGACCAAUGGCUUUAAAGCACCCUUCUGAGAAUGUGGCACUUAGAAAAACCUUGCCUUUGCCGCACAAAAUAGUAUAACUCUACAAGUGAACCCCACUAAUGCACCUAUAGAGAAAAUAAGACGCAUCUACUAAUACGUUUUGGGUUAUUAGGUUUCUUCCAUUUGCGCUUCACUUGGUUCUGUGGCUUUUGGACAGUUUGAAUUGAACCCAGAUCCUCAGAACAGCACAGAUACAAUUGUAUUUUCAGACGAAGGUAUUGCUUAAUAUGGGGGGCGACUGGUGGAAUGUAGUUGACUGGUCACUGAGCUGUUGUGAAUACAGUGGAUAUCUUAACAAGUGCUUUGUUUGGGUGGGGGGGAGGCUUGUACUGCCAUAAACAAAGCCCUCCCUUUUGCACCACCCUGGAUGCCAAACCUGGAAGUGGAUUGUAACUGGACAUUGCCCCCCUGUGGCCCUGACCCAACCCUCAUACCGACGCCCGGAGAAUGACCUGGAGCCACUGUGGAUAACCUGGACACUCUGCAACGGAAGGACACUGUUAAACCACACACACACCCACACACACACUGCCCGUGCUGACGGAGGAAUGGGCGGGGUGAGAGAUGGAUGAGUCAGGUGGAAAGCCGAUGUCUCCGGACAGGAUGCAGCAGCUCAUCGGUCCGAGGGAUGGCUUUGGUGACACGUCCGCAAGGGCAGGAGGACCACACACACACACACACACACACACACACACACACAGAGGGAACGUAAGGAUAAGUGUCUUUUUUUUCUUUCUCUCCCACAAUGUAGGGACAGCAGAAGGGGAUGUAGUAUACUGAACGAUCCUUAGGUUGAAGAGGUACUUCACAUCAGUGGUUUCACCCUCGUGUUGCAUGACCUUUCUGCAAAUGUACUAUACAUCUUUGACUCCCAUGGUCGCCCCUUGUAGAAAUGACGGACGUUUCAACUUUUCCAAAACUCCAACAUUCUAUCGAAGAAGAAAACAACAUUUUCAUAUUUAUGGUUAAGAGUUGUAAGAACUGAUGACAUUGUAAAGUUGUUUAUUUUUGCAGUGCCUCUUCACCUUUGGAUAAGCCAAAGUAGACUGCAGUAGCUUUUUUUUUUCUCUCUGCGUCAUUCAUUUUAUUUCAUGUUUUAUUUCAUUCCACUUUUUAUAUUUAAGUUUAUACAGUCCGUCCACUUCAUAGAACUGAAGUUGGGAAAGCAACGUUCCUGCAUAUUUAACACAGCGUACAGCGCGGCGCUCCUCAGAGAGAGAGAGUGAGAGAGAGCGCUCUAGGCUGGUGGACAUCCUGUUUACAUGUCGGUAGUUAUCUACUAGAGCCUAUCUCUAUCCUGAUCUCGACCAUAUGAAAGGCUGAAUACAUUACCAAAACGUAGAACUUUGGAGAGCUUCGUAUCUUGCCCGUAACCAAAACAAGUUGCUGUGCUUUCAGAAAAGAUCAGAUGUUUUAAUGUGUCUCAAUAUAAUGGUUCAAAGAACCACUUCAUUACUAAUCGAUUAGCCACUGAGACCCUCCAAUCCAGCAGUUUCAAACCAUACAAGCUCUCCGAUGUAGAUUCUUUUGAUUUAGGCCUUUCAAUUUUGCAUUGCCUUUUUUUUUACGUUAUGAAAGAUACAUUUGGAUAUUCUCUAAGAUGUAAGACAUUUCAUAAAAGGAAUAUACAGGUCUCAAGAUGAAGAAAAACAAUCAGCAUGUUAUAUCUGGAUCUGCUAAACAUCCAUAGAAGUGUUCUCACUUCACGCUAUAAGUUGUAUUGCUCUGUGAUUAUAAUUUGUAGUGUCAUUAUCCUAAAUUUUGUUUCACAUUUGCUCCCCUUUUUUUGCUUUAAGUUGCAACGGUUCCUGUCUUUUCAUGAUCUUGUAUGUUUGUUUUUAAAGGAUGUUUAGUAACUUAUUUUGCUUGUACAAACAUUACGAUAUUUAUUAUCAUUGUACAUAUGUCCUUAUUUUUUAUAUGUGUAUAUACAUACAUGAAUAAAACGAGACCUC